AUGAAGGUUCUGCUGCUAUCACCCCUUAUCGCUUGUCUUCUGGUUAAAGCCCGGGGCAAGAUCUUCAAUCGCUGUUCCCUGAUCGCGACGCUGCAGCUUUCAGGAUUGGAAGGGUACGAGGGCUACAGCUUGGCCGACUGGGUCUGCCUGGCGUACUUUGCGAGUGGCUUCAACACAGCCAAAGUGACGCACAAUGCAGACGGCAGUUCGGAAUACGGCAUCUUCCAGAUCAACAGCCGUCUCUGGUGUUCUGACCGCCACAGCUCCACGAAGGACCAGUGCAAUAUAUCAUGCCGUGAUUUGCUCACUGAUGACAUUAUUGAUGACAUCAAAUGUAUGAAGAAAGCUGUGGUGGAAUCUGAAGGCUUGGGUGCCUGGAUGGGCUGGAGAGAUCAUUGCCGGGGCAGAAAUAUGAAUUACUGGCUCAAUGGCUGCGACCAAUGA